AUGAUCCACGCCAAACGCUCCACGGGUGGCAGCCAGGCCCGGUGCCUCCUGGGUGCCCUGAUUGUCGCCUCGCUCCCGCUCGCCGUCUACCCAACAGCGCCACUUCAUGCCGCCGUGAUUGAUGCUGGCUCAACUGGAAACCGCCUUCAUCUGUUCAAAUGGACACCUACUUCGCACGGCUUGCCCGUGGUUGAGGAUCUCGCCAGCUCAGCCACAGACUGCAGCAACCAUCAACCGCUUGCGCAGGCGACAAGCCUGUCAGCCGUGAAUGACGCCCUGCAGGGGUUGCUGACCUGCGCCGCAAGCCUCGACAAGAAUCUAGAUCUCGCUGUCGUUCCUCUGACGCUUAUGGCAACAGCUGGCAUGCGAGUUCUCCCCUACCGCACACAGGAGCAAGUCAUGACCUGGGCCAGUGCGGUUCUAUCCCGCGGCACUUUCCUUUUCGAUCCCUCCCGAGUUCAGGUCAUUCCUGGCUCACAGGAGGCCUACUUUGGCUGGGUGAGCGCCAACUAUCUCGCCCACGGAUUUCAAAUCACAGAUCCCGCCCAAACGCUAGGCAUGAUUGACAUGGGCGGCUCGAGCCUGGAGAUUGCAUACGCCGUGCCUACAUCUGUUGCGGGGCAAAUAAAAGGCCAGCCCAUCACGCAAUUCGCCUUUCCAGGCUCAACUCUGCACGUCUUUGCGACGAGCUUUGCCGAGUAUGGCAGUGAUGCCUUCAACCAGCAUCGUGUGACUGCGGCGGGGCUUUGCAAUGCCAGCCCACCGACACCUGACCCGUGUCUGCUUGUCAACGCCAUGGACACUAGCGUCGCCACGUGUGAACUGCAUGGGGCUGCGUCUUAUGACCAAUGCCGUGCUUCGGUCGAUUCAAACCUUCAUACGGACUGUCCAACCUUGAGCGCAGCCGAAACGUGCUCGCUCGACAAUACACCCAUUCCCGCCAUUCCAAGCAACCUGCCUUUUGAGCUACACGCCAGCUAUUAUUGGGCCUUUACAGACUUGGAUAUCACCAGCGUGACCACCGAUGCCAUGACAACCGCUGCUCAGGAUGUUUGCAACAAGAACGUGGCACAAGUUUUGGCAAAGUAUCCCCAUUUGGACGCCCCAAAUGCCAACUGGACCUGCGAGCAUCUGCUCGAAGAACUGCUGGUAUUGGAGCACGGUUUUGAUUUGAGUCAACACGCUUUGAACACCAGCCAAGCGGGCUGGGCCAUCGGGGCCGCGCUGGUUUCGUUUGUCCUCCCUUCGUCUGAUCGCGUGGAUCAUACAUGUGCCAAGCACAAGUAUGACGGCGGGCAUGUCGCAGCCAUUGCCAUCGCCUGUCUCAGCAUUGGGCUCUUGCUGAGCGUGUUUGGCACGUGGUAUUUUCUGAGCAAACAUCGCCAGCAAUACAAGAUCGAGGUCCAGCUGCAGCCAGACCGCAACGGCGAUUAUAUCCAGCUAUCAGAGGAAUAA